UUACAAUUUAUCAUUUACAUAAACAUAAUAAUAAUAAAAACGCUAAGCAAAACGAUGAGGAUUCCCAGAGGCAUGAGGAUAUUAAGCCGCGUCAAUGUCAAUUUAACCAUAUGCCUUAUUACCAUCAUUAUGUUUAUCAUUUAGCCUUUCUUGUUAUUUUGCUUCCCUCACUUAUUUUCAUAGUAUUCACAAUCAUUGAAAUAAUUUAUUCUGAAAUUUAUGGUGAAAUAACGGAACUAACCGUUUUAGAAAAACGGGUCAAAGAAUUAGAAUCUAAAGCAUCAAGCUCUUCACAAUCUAAAUAA